UUACACUGAAUGGUUCUGCCUGUAUUGUGUGUGUGUAACACUGAAUGUGUCUGCCUGUAGUGUGAGUUACACUGAAUAUGUCUGCCUGUCUUGUUGAGUCCAGGCCAUCAUCAACAGCACCAUCACCCCCAACAUGACCUUCACCAAGACGUCUCAGAAGUUUGGCCAGUGGGCCGACAGCAGGGCCAACACCGUCUACGGGCUGGGCUUCUCCACCGAGCAGCAGCUACAGCAGUUUGCAGACCAGUUUAAGGAGAUACGAGAAGCCGCACGAAUGGCCCGCGAGAAAUCCCAGGAGAAGUUUGAACUGACCAAUCCUGGGCUCAACAUUGCCGCCCCACAGCUUUCUCAGGAGUUGUCGGAGGAGCGUCACUCCCCCCCCCUCCUGGCGGUGAACGGCCCUGGGGAGGACAAACUCUUCCGCAGCAAGAGCGCAGACAUGGAGCUGACGGUCGAGAAGGAGCGCAUCAAGAAGAUGCUCUCGGAAGGGUCCAUCUGUGAGAUCAACAUGGAGGCAGAGCUGUUCACGCUCCAGGACAGCAACGCCAAGCUGGUGGCCGCCCUGCACGAGGCCAACACCAGCGUGGACCAGUGGAAGCAACAGCUGGCAGAGUACCAGGAGGAGACGGAGAGACUCAGAGAACAGGUGACAGAGCUGGAGACCCAGGUUGGCCGGCCGGAGCCUGGUGAGACUGGCAGAGACAACCUGAGCCAAUCUCUGGAGGAGCUGGAGGCGCUGCUCAAGGUUAAAGAUGAGGAAAUCCACAAUCUGCAGAGCAAGAAAUCGGAUUUCAAUGAGCUGGAAAAGGAGAGGGAGGAGGCCACAGAGAGACUGCAGGACCUGGAGGUGCAGAACGCAGAUCUGGAGCAGCGCGUGCAGGCGGCGGAAGAGACUCUGGCAUCCUCGCGGGACGAGCAUGACCAGGCGGAGAGCGAGGUGCGACGCAUCAUCGGCAUCCUGGACCUGAAGAUCGGCGACCUCAAUGACAUCCGGCAGAGCCUAGCCAAGCUCGUCGACAAGUAGGCCUCGCCUCGGAGCCGAAGAGAGCGGACAAAUGCUCAGCUCAGGACAUAUCUGCUUAGACUGGGAUGGGGAGGGGGGCGACACACGACAGCGUGUGUCUCCCCCCCCCUCAAUACACACACACACACACACACACACACACACACACAAAAGCUAUGUGCUUCUUGUUUCUAGUGGAUCUGUGGUAUUAGGGUAGGCUGCAUUACCAAUCUCAAUAGCUUUUUCAUCAAUGUUUACUUUAUCUUCUUUUAGAGCUGAUAUAUGGGAAGACUGUCUGUUACAUUUUGAAUGCUACAUCAAUAUUGAGCUGUUUUUAUGUGUACUUCAUGAUGUGUUAAAUCAUGGUGAUGUGGGGCGAAGCUGAAGGAGAGCUCUAUACAGCAUCAUGUGAGGUUAUGAGUAUUAUUUAAGUAUCAUAGUUAGGUGACAUGUUCUGUACUUUAUAUGCAUGAUUGCAUCAUCAUUAUCAUCUCUGUUCAAGUCUGACUCGGAGAAGGAGAACGUCUGUCCACUUUCCCCUCGCACCAGCAGAAGGCUGCACAGGACAGGGGCAGUACGUCGAGUAAGAUGUAGAGUCAGUUAGUAAAACUCCUGGCUGAUGGUGCGUAAGGGGCUUGCUGGCGUACAUAUCAACGUUGUGAGUUUGAGUUUCACAGAGGCCGGGGUGUACUGUACAAGUCCAAGAGGAGUUUCCCUUUCUACUCAUUUCUUUGUUGUUGUUCCUGAGAUGUACUGGAAUAAGCACACCAUCUGGGAAUAACGUGUGCAGUGUUUAAAAGAGGACAUGAAAGUGCUGAGUACAGAAGGAUGCGUUCUCAAGAGGACGUAUUGAGGACAGUGCUGCCUCGCACAGCACCAGAAAUAGCAUGCCGUCCGUCAAACAGACUGAAUGCUGGACUCAGGGAGAGGUCAGGUGGUAUCUCUGGCACAGGAUGUGAUGUCAUAAAAGGUAACUGUGUCUUUGAACUGGUUUUGCCUCAGUGACAGCUCUACCCGUGUGAUGGGCGGGUAGCCGUCUCUCACACUUUUGGUGUGAGACACAUGCUUUUAUGUCCUGUCUUAUGCUAGCAUGAAAAAUACAAUUCCAUUGACUUCAAUGCAGCUCACCUAUUCACGUCUCAAGUCAGCCUUGAAAGUUGGCAACUCUGUGAUGGUUUGUCUCUGUCCACACCCUGAUGACAAUCCCCUACUACCACUAGUAGCUGACCCUGGCAAGGAUCCUGUCCAGGUCAGGGUGUGUUUAAGACCCUUUAAGGACCGGCAAACACCUGUUUACAUGUUAAAGAUGUAAGAACAGUGGCAACUUUGGCUGCUUCACUGCUGCAUGUUUAGCUCGAAGGAGCUUUAAAGAAAAUGGCAAAUCAGAUAUUUUUACGCAACCCUCCUAAUUGGAACUCGGAACGGAGUAUGUCAUUCUGUAUUCAAAACAAAGACGACAUUGUGACGCAGAUGAUUCAAGAUGUGACUGGACCAUGGUAACACCCCAUUUCUAAGAGAAUCGCUUGCAAACUGCAAGCAAAGGACACACUUUAUUUUGCACACCAGGAGUGAAUCGUUUAAGACAGGCACUAUCAAUACAACCCCAGCUCAUCUCGAACAAAUAAACAGAAAAAAAGUUCACUUUUGCUUCAGUGGUUUGUUAAACUGACGUCUCAUAUCUGGUUUACAACUGAUACAGAUACCUCAGCCUGCUGUCUCAGUAGUGCUCUAACGUGCUGCUAGCAAUAUUGAACGAUCUGCUAGACUGCAGCCACUAUGGACUACAGGGACACCAACGCUUUUUAAAGUCACCUAGAGCAAAAUGUUGACAGAGCACACCAAACUAAAGUGAUGAGAUUUGGACAUGCAUUACUGGAGCUUAUGAUUUACAAAUAAACUUUGUACUCUGGA